AUGGAAACAGGAGAAUUACCAUCCUCCACUCACAGUUUAACUGGGACCGGAGGGGUCCAGUGUGAUGCAUGUACUGGAAGGAAGCGUAAAGCAGAGCAAUCCUGUCUGCAGUGUGUAGCCUCAUACUGUGAGGCUCAUCUCCAACUGCACAAUACACUGCAUGCCGCAAAGAGACACAAACUGAUUGAGGCAACAGAAAAACUGCAGGAGAAAAUCUGUCCUGACCACGGUAAAUUUCUGGAUGUUUACUGCGGGACCGAUGGCCAAAAUAUCUGUCACUUAUGUAUCACAGAUAAACAGAGAGGCCAUGAUGUGGUGACUGCGGAUUCUGACAGGAAUGAAAGACAGAAUGAGGUUGGGAUUAUGCAGAGGAAUAUUCAAAUGAGACUUGAAGCGAGAGAGAAGGAGGUGGAGGAGUUGAGACUGGCGGUAGGAUCGUUCAAGACAUCAGCCCAUAAAACAAUGGAAGAGAGUGAAACCCUUUUUACUAAACUGAUCCAGUCUCUGAAGAGGAGGAGAGCCAAAGUGACAGAGAUGAUCAGAAGUCGGGAGGAGGCUGCGGUGAGGCAAGCGGAGGGACUCAUAAAAGAACUGGAGCAGGAAAUCAGCGAACUGAGGAAGAGGGCCUUUGAUCUCGAACAGCUGAGAGUGCUGUCUGGUUCUGGUGAGGCUGCCCAUUUUCUCCAGAGUUUUUCAUCUAUUGAUGUUCUUCCUGCUCAAAGGGAGGCCCCUGUCUUUGUUGUCCACCCAUACUGUUCAUUUGAGCUAACCAGUGAAGCUGUCUCUGAACUCAGAAAGAAGCUGAAGAUAACCUAUCAGUGGUGUUUCAUCACAAUCAGUGAAAGAGUGAGACAUACAGGCAUUGUGUCAUUACCCACACCAAGGACACGAGCAGAGUUCUUACAAUGUAAGUUUCAUCUCACGGUGAACCCUAACACGAUCCAUAACCUUCUCCGCCUGUCUAAGGAGGACAGGCAGGUGACCCACGCUAAGGAACAUGAAUCUUAUCCUGAUCACCCAGAGAGGUUUGAGAGAAGGGCACAGAUGCUGUGUAAGGAGGGUCUGAGAGGGCCACCGUGUUACUGCGAAGUGGAGUUUGGUGGAGGAUCCUGGAUCUCUAUCGCCGUCUGUUACAAAGGCAUGAACAGGAAAGGAAAACGGGCUCCGCUUUUUGGACGGAGUCAUGAUUCGUGGUGCUUGCGUUGUUACCGUGGCCUUUACCACGUCUCUUUCUGGCAUAACAAUAAAGAAACAAAUGUUUCAAUGCCCUCACGAUAUCCCAGAAUAGGGGUGUACUUGGAUCACAGGGCUGGAAUUCUGAUGUUCAUAAGUGUCUCUGAUACUGUAAAGGUCAUCCACAAAGUACAGACCAAAUUCACUGAACCACUCUACCUUGGCUUUGGAUUUGCUGGGAUAGGAUCACACGUACAGCUCUGUAAUUAA